UCAAAACAAUGGCUGGCUGGUUACUCUCUCUUUGCUUUACUCUGGUUUUCUCUCUGUGUGAUGCCUCUCGGACGCCACCCGCUUCACCAGCACUCGAUGGAUUUUUGAGGAACGGUAACUUCGAGAAAGCACCGAAGCAAGAGAAGCUGAACAAAACAGUGAUCAUGGGGAAAUACUCACUUCCAGGAUGGGAAAUCGAAGGCCUGGUGGAGUUCGUAUCGGGAGGGCCUCAGCCUGGUGGGUUUUACUUCCCUAUUCCCCGUGGUACACAUGCGGUGAGGCUGGGCAAUGAGGCUUCCAUCUCUCAGAAUGUGGAUGCGAAGCCUGGCUUCCUUUACUCCAUCACAUUUGGUGCCACAAGGACUUGCGCCCAAGACGAGAUGCUCAGGAUCUUGGUGCCUGGUCAAACCACCGACAUCUCCAUUCAGACCCUUUACAGCACCGAUGGUGGUGACACCAUGGCUAUUGCUUUCAAGGCAACGGAUAAGUCGGUGAGGGUCACAUUCCAUAACCUUGGGGUUCAAGAAGAUCCAACUUGUGGACCUCUGUUGGACGCCAUUGCCAUCAAAGAAAUGCCUCCUCUAACUUAUACACCAGGAAACUUAGUAAAAAACAGUGGUUUCGAGACAGGUCCCCAUACGUUCAAGAACUACUCAACAGGGGUCCUCCUGCCUCCGCACAAGCAAGACAACAUUUCACCACUCCCUGGAUGGAUCAUCGAGUCCCUGAAGCCCGUAAAAUUCAUCGACAAGAAGCACUUCUCGGUCCCAUCGGGGCUGUUCGCCAUCGAAAUGGUUGCCGGAAGAGAGAGCGCCAUUGCACAAGUCAUCAGAACAGUUCCCAACAAACUCUACACACUCAGUUUCACCGUAGGAGAUGCCAAGAACAACUGCCAUGGAUCAAUGAUGGUCGAAGCCUUCGCCGGCAAGCAAACUCUCAAAGUCCCAUACGUAUCUCAAGGAAAAGGAGGAUUCAAGACGGCAAGUUUUAAGUUUCAGGCAAUCUCAUCUAGAACAAGGAUCACAUUUUACAGUGCUUACUACCACACCAAGUUGGACGAUUUCGGACAUAUGUGCGGGCCUGUCUUAGAUGAUGUCGAGGUUGUCCCCGUCUCUUAGUCCGAAACCACUCCGAUCACGGCAUCAACUAGUUUAAUCAAUACAGAUAUUCAAAGUACAAGUUUUAUUUUGCAUUGUGAAACAACUUUUUUUUCUGGGUUGAGUUGGGAGGUUUCUUAUAACUUUUGAGUAUGAACGAGUCAUUGGAGAUUAG